UGGUGUUGCAUCAGCCGUACCGGUUGAAUGUGCGUAGUUACGCUUAGAUAUUUUUGGACAAUUUACGGUGUUUUUACACCGACUUCUUCAGUUUAUCAGUGUUUUAACGAACAUACAACUCCGUGGCUUGUACCCAAACCACGGUUUAGGACUUGUGUUACGAUUCCUAUAGACUUAGAAUGGCGUAUGGACUAUCUUGAAACGGUCCUUUGAGCCAUAUAUGCACCAAACCAACCAAACCAAAGCAAUAGAUACGUAGUCAUCCAAUCUACUUCUUAUAAAAAAUUGACGAAAAUUUCAUAUUAAUAUGAUUUUCGAAGCUUAGGCUGUGUGUAUUAAAGAACAAAUUGAUUCACGUGAAAUUCUUGAAGAUAUAUAUAGCCGCUACUUGAGUGUUUAACACAACAGCUCUUUAGCACACACUUUUCACUUUGUGGGACACAAUGGAUGUUCUGAACAAGCUCCGAAACACAGUCAGCAAUACUAUCAGCAAUACCGUCCAAAAUACGGCAUAUGGUUUGUCGCAGCUUUCAAGUGUGUUACCUGGCAAUCCUGUAACCAGAGAAUUUGAAGCAAUUGCUCAUGUGGCAAGUGCCGGACCAGGAUUACUGUGGAAAGUUUAUAGCGGCUAUAAGAAGUCUACCAAACAAGAAGCUGCAAUUUUUGUUUUUGAAAAACGCAUGCUAGAAAAAUGGUCUGGCAAAUCAGAUCGUGAACUUGUACUGGAGACUUUAAAACGAGGUGUAAUGCAGUUGACAAAACUGAGACAUCCACAAAUUUUGACAGUGCAACAUCCAUUGGAGGAAUCAAGAGAUAGUCUUGCAUUUGCUACUGAACCUGUAUUUGCUAGUUUAGCUAAUGUAUUGGGCAAUUACGAAAAUAUACCUCAGCCAAUUCCAGUAAACUUGAGGGAUUAUAAGCUACAUGAUAUAGAAAUACGUUAUGGACUGUUACAACUGGGAGAAGGUCUGACAUUUUUACAUGGAGAUGUAAAAUUGCUGCAUAGGAAUUUGUGUUCAGAAUCAGUUGUUAUUAAUAGUCAUGGAGCAUGGAAGAUAUUUGGCUUUGACUUCUGUGCCUUGAAUCAAAGUUCAGACAGUAAACAGCCAUCAUGGUCAUGUUUGGAAUAUGAUCCUGUACUUCCUGUUGUUGUGCAACCUCAGUUGAAUUAUCAGGCACCAGAAUGCAUAUUAGCAAGUAGCACUGGACCACCAAGUGAUAUUUUUGCUUUAGGCAUGUUGAUAUAUACUCUACAUUCUUCGGAACAUCAGUCUCUUUAUGAUUCUCAUAAUGAUCUUGGAAAGUGUCGACGUUUUCUAGAAAAUUUUAAAGGAUUCAACAUUUCAGCAAAAUUGCUUUCAGUUCCUGAUACUCUGAGAGAUACUGUCAAGCUUAUGUUAAGUUAUAAUCCAGAACUCAGAUUAGACUCUUAUCAAUUCAUAAAGAUUGAGUAUUUUUCAGACAUUGGCGUUAAAACAUUGAAUUACUUGGACAAAUUAUUUCAAUGGGAUAAUCUUCAAAAGUCACAAUUUUACAAAGGUCUUCCACAACUCUUGAAACAAUUACCGCAUAGAGUUGUACUACAUAGAGUGCUACCCGCACUUUAUAAGGAAUUGGUCAACCCACCAAUGAUACCAUUUGUAUUGCCAAGCAUAUUGCAGAUGAUGGAAGUUGUUGAAGUAGAAGAAUUCCGAGAACACAUUCUUCCUAAUCUCAAACCUGUUCUUGCUUUGGAAGAUCCGCCACAAAUUAGCUUGGUCUUGAUGCAACAAAUAAAUUUAUUACUUAAACUAUGUCCGACGGAGGUUAUUAAGACCGACAUAGUGCCUAUGUUAUUACGUGCAUUAGAAUCCGAAUGGGAACAACUCCAAGAGCUCUGUUUGUCGGCAUUGCCAAAUAUAGUGACGACGAUUGAGGGACCAGUGAUAAAAAAUUCCAUACUGCCUAGAAUGAAAAAAAUAUGUUUAUUACCAGGAAAGAAAUCAUCCAGUCUGGGAGUCCGCGUCAACUGCUUGUUGUGUCUCGCAAAAAUGUUACCAAAUUUCGACCGUUGGUUGAUAUUUGAUCAGAUAUUACCAUUUUUACAAGAAGUUCCUCAUUCUGGCGAACCGGCUAUUUUAAUGGCUAUUAUAGGUAUAUAUCGAAUGUUACUUACGCAUAGUAAGUUGGGCAUGAGUAAAGAGAUACUGGCAACAAAAGUAUUGCCUUUCUUGUUGCCUCUCUGCAUAGAACAAAACCUCAGCAUGUCGCAGUACGAAACGCUUUCUACUCUGAUCAUAGAUAUGAUAAAUCGAGUAACAAGCGAACAUCGAGAGGCUUUACGACAACUGGAUGCUGUGCGUCGCGAGACGCAACAACUUGACCAGGCGCUCUCUCAAGUAACAUCGCCCGCUUUUAUGCAAAAUAACAGUUUAAACGAUAUUUCUUUAACACCAGAAAUUUCAUCCUCGAACAUUCAGUCGAAAACAGUGAAUAUCGAAAAUGGAUUAACUGUCGAAGAUAAACUCAGGUUAAUUCAACAACAAGAAGCUCAUCAAAGAUUGCAAUCUCAACCUAUUUUGACUCCUAAAGCUGUGGUACAAUCUGCAAAACAACAGCCGAAGGAUUUGACCGCUACUCUGCUGAAAAAUAAUCUAGACGAACUCAAUCUGUCUAUGUCAAGAUCAAAUAUGUCGCAACAACCGGAUUACGCGGCUAAAAAUAAUAUGAGCUUUUCUUGGAAUAAAAAUAACAAUAUUAAUCAAGCGCAGUUUUUAACUACGUCUCCAAUGAUUAAUUCGCAAAUGAUGUCGAAUCAACCAAUGAAUUGGAACUCGAACGGCAUGAAUACGUCCAUAAACUGGAACUCAUCACAACCUAUGUCGACGUGGAAUUCGAUCACUCCUCAAAAUAAUAUGAAUUUCUCAGCGCAAUCAGAUGUUAGGCCAAAUUUUCCUGGAACAUUACAGCCUUUCAUGUCCAAUACGCAGAGCAGCGCGAAUAACACUAAUUCAUCUACGCAAGAUAUUAUGGAUUUGCUUAGUUAAUCUAAAUUUUUUUUGAUAUAAGCAACGGACUUUAAAAAUAAAAACAAAGUAUUGCAGAAUAAUAAUAUAAUUACUGUUUCCAUGAAACAUAUUUCUUUAUUUGAUAUAAUUUUUGUGCUAAUAUUAUCGAUAAUCACUAUCGCAAUGAUUGCAAGUACAGCCGUCUUUUAUAUAUCAAUCUAAGCAAUCUUAAAUAUAUUAUAUAUAAAUAUAAAUAUAUAUUACUUGUAUAUUAUAGCAAAUAGCAUUUUUAAUUUUCUGUGUAGUUUACAAGCACUACCUUUGUAUGGAAUAAUUGCCAUUUGCAAAUCUUAUUAUGUUUCGACAAAGAAAAGUUUUUUUUUUAUUAAGAAGAUAGCAUUUACCAUAAAUCUAAUAUAUUAUAUGUAAUAUGUAUAUUCGUUCUCAAGAGAAGUUUUGC